GGGCGUCCCAGGCUCUGGCUAAGGAGCGCGCGGCGGGCGGGCCGGCCGCAGGGCCUGGGCACAACCAUGGUGGGACGUCGCCCGCGGCUGCGGGGACUGCUGCGGCAGCAGAGGCGGCUGGCCAGGAACGCGGGCCGAGGCUGGGCCCUUUGGGCAGCUAGCCCGUGAUCUCUGCCGUCACCGAUCGCGAUUCCUCCCCCCUCGCCUUCCCCCGGCGCCGACGGCCACACCGCCGGACGAUGCGCGCCCGCGGCCGCCCGGGAGGCUGAGCCCAGCUUCCCGCUCCGCCUUCCCCGCACAGCUGCCCCCAUGGCUUUGCCGGGCGCCGCGGGCGCGGCCGACACCCCGGUGUCCUCGGCCGGGGGAGCCCCCGGCGGCUCAGCGUCCUCGUCGUCCACCUCCUCGGGAGGCUCGGCCUCGGCGGGCGCGGGGCUGUGGGCCGCGCUCUAUGACUACGAGGCUCGCGGCGAGGACGAGCUGAGCCUGCGGCGCGGCCAGCUGGUGGAGGUGCUGUCGCAGGACGCCGCCGUGUCGGGCGACGAGGGCUGGUGGGCAGGCCAGGUGCAGCGGCGCCUCGGCAUCUUCCCCGCCAACUACGUGGCUCCCUGCCGCCCGGCCGCCAGCCCCGCGCAGCCGCCCGCGCAGCCGCCCCCGCGGCCCAGCUCCCCGGUACACGUCGCCUUCGAGCGGCUGGAGCUGAAGGAGCUCAUCGGCGCGGGGGGCUUCGGGCAGGUGUACCGCGCCACCUGGCAGGGCCAGGAGGUGGCCGUGAAGGCGGCGCGCCAGGACCCGGAGCAGGACGCGGCGGCGGCGGCCGAGAGCGUGCGGCGCGAGGCUCGGCUCUUCGCCAUGCUGCGGCACCCCAACAUCAUCGAGCUGCGCGGCGUGUGCCUGCAGCAGCCGCACCUCUGCCUGGUGCUGGAGUUCGCCCGCGGCGGAGCGCUCAACCGCGCGCUGGCCGCUGCCAACGCCGCCCCGGACCCGCGCACGCCCGGCCCCCGCCGCGCGCGCCGCAUCCCUCCGCACGUGCUGGUCAACUGGGCCGUGCAGAUAGCGCGGGGCAUGCUCUACCUGCAUGAGGAGGCCUUCGUGCCCAUCCUGCACCGGGACCUCAAGUCCAGCAACAUUUUGCUACUUGAGAAGAUAGAACAUGAUGACAUCUGCAAUAAAACUUUGAAGAUUACAGAUUUUGGGUUGGCGAGGGAAUGGCACAGGACCACCAAAAUGAGCGCAGCAGGCACCUAUGCCUGGAUGGCCCCCGAAGUGAUCAAGUCUUCCUUGUUUUCUAAGGGAAGCGACAUCUGGAGCUAUGGAGUGCUGCUGUGGGAACUGCUCACGGGAGAAGUCCCCUAUCGGGGCAUUGAUGGCCUCGCUGUGGCUUAUGGGGUAGCAGUCAAUAAACUCACUUUGCCCAUUCCAUCCACCUGCCCUGAGCCAUUUGCCAAGCUCAUGAAAGAAUGCUGGCAACAAGACCCUCAUAUUCGUCCAUCGUUUGCCUUAAUUCUUGAACAGUUGACUGCUAUUGAAGGGGCAGUGAUGACUGAGAUGCCUCAAGAAUCUUUUCAUUCCAUGCAAGAUGACUGGAAACUAGAAAUUCAACAAAUGUUUGAUGAGCUGAGAACAAAGGAAAAGGAGCUGCGAUCCCGGGAAGAGGAGCUGACUCGGGCGGCUCUGCAGCAGAAGUCUCAGGAGGAGCUGCUAAAGCGGCGUGAGCAGCAGCUGGCAGAGCGCGAGAUCGACGUGCUGGAGCGGGAACUUAACAUUCUGAUAUUCCAGCUAAACCAGGAGAAGCCCAAGGUAAAGAAGAGGAAGGGCAAGUUUAAGAGAAGUCGUUUAAAGCUCAAAGAUGGACAUCGAAUCAGUUUACCUUCAGAUUUCCAGCACAAGAUAACCGUGCAGGCCUCUCCCAACUUGGACAAACGGCGGAGCCUGAACAGCAGCAGUUCCAGUCCCCCGAGCAGCCCCACAAUGAUGCCCCGACUCCGAGCCAUACAGUUGACUUCAGAUGAAAGCAAUAAAACUUGGGGAAGGAACACAGUCUUUCGACAAGAAGAAUUUGAGGAUGUAAAAAGGAAUUUUAAGAAAAAAGGUUGUACCUGGGGACCAAAUUCCAUUCAAAUGAAAGAAAGAACAGAUUGCAAAGAAAGGAUAAGACCUCUCUCCGAUGGCAACAGUCCUUGGUCAACUAUCUUAAUAAAAAAUCAGAAAACCAUGCCCUUGGCUUCAUUGUUUGUGGACCAGCCAGGGUCCUGUGAAGAGCCAAAACUUUCCCCUGAUGGAUUAGAACACAGAAAACCAAAACAAAUAAAAUUGCCUAGUCAGGCCUACAUUGAUCUACCUCUUGGGAAAGAUGCUCAGAGAGAGAAUCCUGCAGAAGCUGAAAGCUGGGAGGAGGCAACCUCUGCGAAUGCUGCCACAGUCUCCAUUGAGAUGACUCCUACGAAUAGUCUGAGUAGAUCCCCCCAGAGAAAGAAAACGGAGUCAGCUCUGUAUGGGUGCACCGUCCUUCUGGCAUCGGUGGCUCUGGGACUGGACCUCAGAGAGCUUCAUAAAGCACAGGCUGCUGAAGAACCGUUGCCCAAGGAAGAGAAGAAGAAACGAGAGGGAAUCUUCCAGCGGGCUUCCAAGUCCCGCAGAAGCGCCAGUCCUCCCACAAGGCUGCCAUCCACCGGUGGGGAGGCCAGCAGCCCACCCUCCCUGCCACUGUCAAGUGCCCUGGGCAUCCUCUCCACGCCUUCUCUCUCCACAAAGUGCCUGCUGCAGAUGGACAGUGAAGAUCCACUGGUGGACAGUGCACCUGUCACUUGUGACUCUGAGAUGCUCACUCCGGAUUUUUGUCCCACUGCCCCAGGAAGUGGUCGUGAGCCAGCCCUCAUGCCAAGACUUGACACUGAUUGUAGUGUAUCAAGAAACUUGCCGUCUUCCUUCCUACAGCAGACAUGUGGGAAUGUACCUUACUGUGCUUCUUCAAAACAUAGACCGUCACAUCACAGACGGACCAUGUCUGAUGGAAAUCCGACCCCAACUGGUGCAACUAUUAUCUCAGCCACUGGAGCCUCUGCACUGCCACUCUGCCCCUCACCUGCUCCUCACGGUCAUCUGCCAAGGGAGGUCUCACCCAAGAAGCACAGCACUGUCCACAUCGUGCCUCAGCGUCACCCUGCCUCCCUGAGAAGCCGCUCAGGUCUGCCUCAGGCUUACCCACAGACAGCAGUGUCUCAGCUGGCACAGACUGCCUGUGUAGUGGGUCUCCCAGGACCACAUCCCACCCAAUUCCUCGCUGCCAAGGAGAGAACUAAAUCCCAUGUGCCUUCAUUACUGGAUGCUGACGUGGAGGGUCAGAGCAGGGACUACACUGUGCCACUGUGCAGAAUGAGGAGCAAAACCAGCCGGCCAUCUAUAUAUGAACUGGAGAAAGAAUUCCUGUCUUAAACUAAGUGCCUUACUGUUGUUUAAGCAUUUUUUUAAGGUGAACAAAUGAACACAAUGUAUCUACCUUUGAACUGUUUCAUGCUGCUGUGUUUUCAAAAGCUGUGGCCAUGUUCCUAACUUAGUAAGAUAUAUCCAACUUCUCAAAAAAUGUAUAUGAUUGCUGUUAGCCAUUUCUAUUGUUUUUCCUCUGGAUUCUUUUCUUAUAACUUGGAAUACACAAACGUGUAAAACAAGAGAUGUGCACCAAUGAAAACUAUGCUAGGUCGAAUUACCUUCAGCACAGUGUUAAUGUUUUCGUUCUCAUUUAUGCCUUUGUCCAUUUGCACACAACAGAAAUUGUAAUGAGCUUCACUAUUUUUGUUUCUUUCCUUCCUUUUUUUUCUUUUUUCCUUUCUUUCCUUUUUCUUGUCUUGUUUCUUGUUUUUUUCUCUUUUAGUUUCUUUUCUUGUCAUUUUUGCAACAAAAAGCCAAGAAAGAGCUUUAGUUUCUUGGCAAGAAUAAAGUGAUAUUAGUAAGUAAAGGUUUUUAAAAGUCUUAUGACUGGAAUAGAUAUAAAGUCCUGUUUAAACUACCUAACCUUGGCUGUGGGCCGAUAAUGCAUAAAUAUGUCCAGUUCUCACUUAAAUUAUGCAAUGAUAUUUCUCUCUGAGGAAAUUAUACGGAAUGUAACUUAUAAAAGCUUUACUGAAUAUAAGUUAUAAGCAUUUUAUUCAUUAGAACUCCAAAAUAGAUGUUCAAAGUUCAGUCCUUGCCAUUUGACUGAGACCACAUGGUGUGCCCCUUGAGCGAGGCUCAUCUUUAGGUUUUUCCUAUAGGAAACGUUCUUCCUCCAUCAGUAGCCCUUUAUUUGAUAUUCAGAAGUGGAAAGCUUUUUCAUUCUCCAGUAGAACUUUUAAAAAUUGUUACAGAUACCUAGCUCUUCACAGAUAUCAUGUAUUGUAAACAGUCAUGUGUCUUAAUUUUAUUUUCUCUAUUUGAGUGCAUAAUUAUCCUAAUAAUCCCAAAGACACUGACAACUCAAGGAACAGCAGUACAGUACUAUUAGAAGUUAAGUAUGUUGUUGUUAUUUCACAUUUCAUUUAAUUGUGGAUAAAUGUUAGACAUCUGUUGAAAUAAGCUCAUAUGGUGGAAAGGACAACUAUAUUAUGAAUUAUUUUCAGAAAUGGAUCUUUGAAGAGCAGAUCAGGAUUUCAAUAAUAAAAUUAUCUAUGAAUCACUUUUAUGGUCAUACAUAUAUGAUACAAAUCUGGAGUUAUUGGUGCAGAAAUGGCUACCCGAGAGCUUGGUAAAUUUGCCUUGGUUUCUUAUGUUAAAUGUAUUGUGCUUCCCUUCUGUCUCUAGAAUGUGGCUCUUCAGAAGACAGACAAUCGACAUUUAAAUUUUUCCAAACAAUGAAAAACUAAAUUAAAAACAUUGCUUGAUAUUUCAUUUAAAAUUGCCCCUUGCGUAAGGUUUACUGAAUAACUGAAAUGUCAGCAAUUUAAAAUAAAUUCAAUCGUGUGAUAAAAUAUCUCACCUAUAAUAGAAGAAAAGGAAAAUCAUAUUAUUUGGCAAUUUUGCAGCAUUGUGGUUGCCUAACAGGUAUAUCCAGCAGAUGAGAAACAGUAUGAAAGGAUUGUAUUAACAUGGUAAGUUUUGCCCUAAGGAAAACGAUCUUGCAUUCUGGAUUCUUGCAGCAAAGUCUCGGGUACUUAAUACGUUUUCUUGUUUUAUCAUCCAUUCUAUGAUUCGGCUUCACUUUGGGUGGUUAUUGAAUUAUGUAACAGAGAUUUGGUUUUCCCAAAAUGUUAUCACAUUUGAAACUAUGAUUGCUUUGUGUUCAGUCCUUUUGGAACACGUAGCUUCCAGCUUAAGGGUAGAGGAAAUAUAUACCUAAAAUCAUCAAUACAUGAAAGAAAAAGGAUGGAAACUAUGUCCUCAGUUUUACUUCUACCAAAACAUCCCUGUAUGUGUGUGCGUGUGUGUUUGCGUGUGUGCGUGUGCAUGCAUAUUAGUAAAUGUGUGUUUGCAUGUGUGUGUUGGGGAGUGUAUGUGAUCUGGGUGUUUGUUUAUCUCUGUUAUUAUUCCCCUUUAGCUUUAUUUUAGUCAACUCUACAUUAUGAUGAAUUUCAAAAUGAAGCUGUAUUAAAAUGAUUGUAAUAUAACAAUUCAAUCUCACAUGUUACUGCAGAUAGUAAACUUUUGCUGCAAUCUAUUGUACAUUUGCAAUUUUCUGUGUUAGUAAACUUAGCAGAAUCUGGUUAUUUAUUUUUGUGUAGGCUUAAUGUUCACUGAAAGAUAAGCCAAUUACUAUUAGUAAAAAAGGUGCUCUCACUGCAGAGAUUUAAGGCCUGGGCCUAAUGUGCUGUAUUAUGAAGCCUUGUGACUGAAAAAUAUGUUUACAUAUGUUGUCUAUUUUUUUAAUAAACUUUUAUAGCUGGUCUAUUUGCUCAGUAGCUUUGAUCCUCUCCUGAUUAUUGUGACUAUAGUUUGCAAUGGUUUAUUUUGUAUUCAAUAAGAAAAAUUAUGUUAAUAAAGAUUAUUGUUUAAUAAG